AUGCAGUCAAGUAUUCUUCUCGUCUUCCUGGUUGCUUCCGCUUCCGCUACUUUCUGUCCUGAUGGAUACAAGGAUUUCGGAGAUGGUGAAUGUUAUGGAGUUCGCCUAGGUAACAAGAUUGACAGAGCUUCGGCCUACCAGAAAUGUCAAGCAGAGGGAUCUGAAUUAGCCACGAUUGAGAAUGCGUUUACCAAUAUUGCUAUCAGUAGCUCUCUUCCCAUUUUCGAUUUCAUAUGGUUAGGAAUUACCUGUACAGGCCUGAAUAACUGCUACAGUGAUAGCGGAGAGUCUCUCAGUUACAAUAACUUCUAUUUGACUACCAACGUUUCGGCUGCACCUUUCGUUUACGUCGACAACUUGGGAAUGUGGGGAGUUGGAGAUUAUGAAACAUUGGCUGACGGAUAUGUUUGCCGUUAUAGAACCAGCAACGUCGGAUGUCAAAGGGGAUACAGUGGAAUCGAAGACCGCUGUUACAUGCCUAUCUUAUCCCAACUCAAUGCUACCACAGCUGAUGAGGCUUGCAAGAAAUCAGGAGGACGAUUGGCUAGUAUCAAAUCUGAAAGGCAAAACGCUUUUGUACAUUGGCUUAUUCACCAACAGACCAACAACUCAAUGGCUCACCUUGGAUUCCGACCCACCAGUCCUAUCAAUGUGAAUUGGACCGAUAACUCUGUUCAAACUUACAGCAAUCUUGUUUAUUAUGAUCCUGGAGUCGGACAAUGCGGAGCUAUGUCUAUUACAAACCCCAUCUUCCUAGCCGGUACUUGGCAAUCAGUAGACUGUUCCGAGGAUUUAGUUUCCAUUUGCGGAGCAGAUCGUUCUCCAGCUCAGGUCGCAACCGCCUUUACCGGGGCGUUACCAGCUACCUGCCUCGCCACCUAUUUCAUCAACAACUCCACAAGCGGAAGAGUGACAUCUCCUGAGUACCCCAUGAAUGUCAAUCUAAUCAACAGAUGUCAUGUUGUUGUGAGUGCUCCUGCUGGAUACAAGCUUGUUGCCACAUCCAACGACACCAACAUUAAGGACGGAUUCUUAAAUGUGUGUGAUAGAUAUAGUCCAGCAGCUCAAUGCAAGAGAAACCCAACUUCGUUCACUUCCAACACUGGUCUGAUCUACAUUGAAUUCAUUUCCAAAGGUGGUUCAAGUAAAUGGAGUUUGAACUACACAGCCUCGCCAUUGUAA